AUGUGUCCGGCGUCCACCCAUACCGCGUUGCCAGUGCUGGCCGGUGCCGGCGGUCCGCCGUCGUUGGACGGCGAGGACGACGGCGAGGUGGGAGUGGCCGCCGAGCUGGCCGCCGAGGUGGGCGGCGGCGGCUUUGCCCAGCGGCUGCAGGCGCGGCUGCGCGACCUGCUCGCGGGGCCCGAAGCCGGCGGUGAGGGCGAGGAGGCCGGCGCGGCCGAGGCGGCGCCUCCGAAGCGCGCCAACCUGAUCAUGAUGCUGGUGAUGAUUGGGGUGCGUCUGGUCAUGACGCUCUCGCUCAUGUACUUUCGCAAGCAGCCGUCGCCCUCCGGCGUGGAGGACGUGAUCCGCGCAGUCGGCGUCGAGGAGGGCGUGAGCACGGACGCGGUGCUCGAGGUGCUGAGGGCGGAGGGGCUGCUGGCGGCCGUGCGGCUGGGGUGGGCCAAGCUGGCGGCUUUUGCCCGCUCGCCGCAGGCGGCGCCGGCUAUGAUGGUGCUCCUCAUCCUGUCGAUGAAGCUGGUGCAGCGGAUCGACCCCGAUUCACUUGUGCUGCGGCUUGUGUGA